GAGCUCUGACAACAGUUAGUGGUACAGCAGCAGGAGCAGCAGCAGAGGGAGGAUGGUCGGACAUAUGUUCUCUCAUCUCCUACUGCUCUGGUCACUCAGCCAUGACCUCUUUCUAACUGGGCUGACUUAUCACGAGCUGAAGGAGCAGUCCUGGAACAACCAGAAUCUCUCCUCUGUCCCUCUGGACUUGGAUGCGAGGCUCCGGAGGCUAGACCUGUCCAAUAACUUCAUCAGACAGUUGCACACACUUGCUCUGCCAUACUUGGAGCAGCUGGACCUGAGCUUUAACCAGCUGGAUCUCAUCUCCGAAGGGGCUUUUGAAAACCUGGCUCGACUUGAGGAGUUGAAUUUGUCCAGAAAUGUGCUGAACAACAACCUUGGCAGUAACAGCAAAGCCCUCCGAUCCGUCAGUGGACUGAAGAUUUUGGAUUUAUCAAUGAACGGUCUGGGGGAUGAGGCGGUGGAACGCUACCUUCAGAACAAAUCUUCUCUUGAUCAACUUAAGAUGAGUGGUAAUGCAUUGACAAGGCUUUCAUACAGCUUGUUUAAGGAGACUAAAGGGUUGAGGUCCAUUACUAUUGAGGACAAUCAGAUAUCAGUGAUCGAACAGGAGACGUUUGAACCGUUGAGACACUUGGAGAUGCUAAACCUGGCCAGAAAUAACCUCGCGCACAUCUGCGAUUUUAAAUUACAUCAAGUUAAAUAUCUGAAUCUCAGCUGGAACUCCGUCGAGUUCUUUGUUACGCAAGAAGACAAUCUGUUUUACAGGCUCGAAAUUCUUGAUCUCAGUCACAACAAACUCCUUUAUUUCCCAAUCGUUCCGAAAAUGAACCGUUUGAAGUAUCUUCACUUGCAGGAUAACAUGGUUGGUGCCUUAAAUUCAGAGGCUGCAAUGGUAUCAGAGGCCAAUGCUCUUUACAAUGAGAUUAUAAAGGAAAGGACGGUUAGAAAAAACAACCUUCACUCAAACUGGAGGCUGAUGCCACUGAUUUAUAUCGACCUGAGCUAUAACCACUUCAGGUCUUUCCCACUGGAGACUUUGAGCCUUCUCUCAUCUUUAGAAACUCUGAAUUUCAGUCACAACUGUCUGCAAAAUAUCAUCUGGAAAGUUAGAGACAGUAACGCAUCAGGAUACCAUCGGCAGCUUUACUUUCCCUCCUUAAAGCGCCUCGACAUGCAAAGCAACGGACUUGUGUCUAUUUCCCCGCUCUUUCUCAAAGCGCUCACGCAAAUAGAAACAUUAAAUCUACAAGACAAUUCUGUGCAACCUUGCGCCUCCAUGGAUCAUUUGCAAAGCCCUCAGUCGACACAGCCAAUGAAUACCAACACAUCCUGUGUCGUAUUCGGGCAUUUAAGCACUCUUAAACACCUCAAUCUUAAAGAAAACAACAUAGAAGCACUUCACCCAAACACUUUUCAAAAGAACUCUUUGAUUUCUCUGAACCUUGCGAGAAAUCCACGCAUGUUGAUGCAAACAAAAGCUUUCGAAGGUGUGCCGAAGACUCUCCAAUCUUUGAUUAUCAGUGAAAUAAACAUGACCAGCUCAGAUUUUUCUUUACCCUGCAUGCCGAUGUUAACUCAGCUGAAUAUGUCUAACAACCGUCUGGAUACGAUCCCCAGCAGUUUAAGCUGCUCUCCUCUGAGAGAAAUCGACAUAAGAGAUAAUAGCUUUGUGUCUCUGAACCAUUCUCUGAUCCUUGCUUUGUCCAAACACCUCAAUCUCAUAUAUGUUAGUGGAAAUAAUUUUAACUGCUGUGACAGCGAAUGGCUGACAGUCCUGAAUGAGCUGGAGAUAAAGCUGCCCGAUAUCAGUGACACUGUUUGCUUCACAAUUUAUGAAAAUGUUGCGAUGACGAGAUAUCUGAAUAAAACUUCAUUGGAUUGUUUGUUGCAUCCAAAAGCGCAGGAAAUUCACUUUGGACAAAUGAUCAUAAUUGUUACAUUUGUAGCUGUGAUACUAACAGUGCUGAUCAUAUCCAUAAGGAAGGUGUGUUGCACACAGAUUUCAUUCAUAGUGUAAUGUCUAAGAUCUACUGUCAGACUUUUUGCACAUGGCUCUGUAAACACAACUAAAUGCACUGGGGAGCAAAAGUGCAGUAAUCGAAGCAUGAUUCCUGUUAUUUUCAGUACGCAUGAUCUAUUUUACUAUAAACAGAAGUGGGGGCUUCAUGGCUGCUCAGAAACUAACAGACUUGAAUGAAUGAAUUGCAAUAAAAUCUUCAUCCUUUCA